AGCAGCGAGAGCGGAGCGGGGCGCGGAGUACGGGCGGCUGGGAGCGCGCUACAGCGGGGGAGAGGCGCUGCUGCACGGCCGGCCAUAGGACCACCUCCCCGGGAGAAUAGGGGCUCUUUAUGGCAUGUGGCUGGUCACUUUCCUCCUGCUCCUGGACUCUUUACACAAAGCCCGCCCUGAAGAUGUUGGCACCAGUCUCUACUUUGUGAAUGACUCCCUGCAGCAGGUGACCUUCUCCAGCUCCGUGGGGGUCGUGGUGCCCUGCCCGGCCACAGGCUCCCCCAGCGCCGUCCUUCGAUGGUAUCUCGCCACAGGUGAUGACAUCUACGAUGUGCCACACAUCCGGCAUGUCCAUGCCAAUGGGACGCUGCAGCUCUAUCCCUUUUCGCCCUCUGCCUUCAAUAGCUUUAUCCACGACAAUGAUUACUUUUGUACCGCAGAAAAUGCUGCGGGGAAAAUCCGGAGUCCCAACAUCCGGGUUAAAGCAGUUUUCAGGGAACCCUACACCGUCCGGGUGGAGGAUCAAAGGUCAAUGCGUGGAAACGUGGCCGUCUUCAAGUGCCUCAUCCCCUCUUCAGUGCAGGAAUAUGUUAGCGUUGUGUCCUGGGAGAAAGACACAGUCUCCAUCAUCCCAGAAAAUAGGUUUUUUAUUACUUUCCAUGGUGGGCUAUACAUCUCAGAUGUGCAGAAGGAGGAUGCCCUGUCUACAUACCGCUGCAUCACCAAACACAAGUACAGUGGUGAGACCCGCCAAAGUAACGGGGCCCGACUCUCUGUGUCAGACCCAGCUGAAUCAACCCCCACCAUCCUUGACAGCUUCCACUCCAGGGAAGUGAGGGCAGGUCAGACAGUGGAGUUGCCCUGCACUGCCUCAGGCUACCCUGCCCCAGCAAUCAGAUGGCUCAAGGAUGGGCGGCCCCUCCCCACAGACAGCCGCUGGACCAAACGCAUCACCGGGCUGACCAUUAGUGACCUGCGGGCUGAGGACAGUGGCACCUACAUCUGCGAGGUCACCAAUACCUUUGGCUCAGCUGAAGCCACAGGCACCCUCACAGUAAUAGACCCCCUCCAUGUGACCCUGACGCCAAAGCAGCUGAAGACAGGCAUCGGCAGCACCGUCAUCCUGUCCUGUGCCCUGACUGGCCCCCCGGAGCUCACCAUCCGCUGGUACCGCAACACAGAGCUGGUGGUGCCGGAUGAGACCAUCUCUAUCCGCGGGCUCAGCAACGAGACCCUCCUCAUCACCUCCGCCCAGAAAAGCCACUCCGGGGCUUACCAGUGCUUCGCCACGCGCAAAGCCCAGACGGCUCAGGACUUCGCCAUCAUUGUUCUGGAGGAUGGGACACCCCGCAUCAUCUCCUCCUUCAGCGAGAAGGUGGUAAACCCUGGGGAGCAGUUCUCACUGAUGUGCGCAGCUAAAGGCGCCCCACCUCCCACCGUCACCUGGGCCCUGGAUGAUGAGCCGAUCCAGCGGGAUGGCGGGCACCGCACCAACCAGUACACCAUGUCAGACGGCACGACCAUCAGCCACAUGAAUGUCACGGCCCCCCAGAUCCGAGAUGGGGGUGUCUACCGAUGCGCUGCACGGAACUCAGUGGGCAGUGCUGAAUACCAAGCGCGAAUAAACGUAAGAGGACCCCCAAGUAUCCGAGCAAUGAGGAACAUCACAGCAGUGGCAGGUCGGGACACACUCAUCAACUGCAGGGUCAUUGGCUAUCCCUACUACUCCAUCAAGUGGUACAAAGACACCUUGCUGCUGCCUGACAACCACCGCCAGGUGGUCUUUGAGAAUGGAACCCUCAAACUGAUGGAUGUGCAGAAGGGCAUGGACGAAGGGGAAUACCUCUGCAGCGUUCUCAUCCAGCCUCAGCUGUCCAUCAGCCAGAGUGUCCACGUUGCAGUGAAAGUUCCCCCCCUGAUUCAACCCUUUGAGUUUCCCCCUGCCUCCAUCGGACAGCUGCUCUACAUCCCCUGUGUGGUCUCCUCUGGGGACAUGCCCAUCCGGAUCACCUGGAGGAAGGAUGGCCAAGUGAUCAUCUCUGGCUCAGGGGUGACCAUCGAGAGUAAGGAAUUCAUGAGCUCCCUCCAGAUCUCCAGUGUCUCCCUCAAACACAACGGAAACUACACCUGCAUUGCCAGCAAUGAUGCUGCCACUGUCAGCCGUGAGCGGCAGUUGAUCGUGCGAGUCCCACCUCGUUUUGUGGUGCAGCCCAACAACCAGGAUGGUAUUUACGGCAAAGCUGGAGUGCUGAACUGCUCCGUGGAUGGCUACCCACCUCCCAAGGUCAUGUGGAAGCAUGCCAAAGGUAGUGGGAACCCUCAGCAAUACCACCCUGUCCCACUCACAGGCCGCAUCCAGAUCCUCCCCAACAGCUCACUACUGAUCCGACAUGUGCUGGAGGAAGACAUUGGCUAUUACCUCUGCCAGGCCAGCAACGGUGUGGGCACCGACAUCAGCAAAUCCAUGUUCCUGACCGUCAAGAUACCAGCCAUGAUCACCUCACAUCCUAAUACUACCAUCGCCAUCAAGGGUCACACCAAGGAACUUAACUGCACUGCACGAGGGGAGCGCCCCAUCAUCAUCCGUUGGGAGAAGGGGGACACAGUCAUUGACCCAGACCGUGUCAUGAGAUAUGCCAUCACCACCAAGGACAAUGGCGAUGAGGUCAUAUCUACUCUUAAGCUGAAGCCCGCUGACCGUGGGGACUCUGUGUUCUUCAGUUGCCAUGCCAUCAACUCCUAUGGGGAAGACCGGGGUCUGAUCCAACUCACUGUGCAAGAGCCCCCAGACCCUCCUGAGCUAGAGAUUCGGGAAGUGAAGGCCCGGAGCAUGAACCUGCGCUGGACCCAAAGAUUCGAUGGGAACAGCAUCAUCACCGGCUUUGACAUUGAAUAUAAGAACAAAUCUGAUUCCUGGGACUUCAAGCAAUCCACCCGCAACAUCUCCCCUACCAUCAACCAGGCAAAUAUUGUGGACCUGCACCCUGCCUCUGUUUACAGCAUUCGCAUGUAUUCCUUCAACAAGAUUGGCCGAAGCGAACCCAGCAAGGAGCUUACUAUAAGCACAGAGGAAGCUGCUCCUGAUGGACCACCCAUGGACGUUACCCUGCAACCUGUGACUUCACAGAGCAUCCAAGUAACCUGGAAGGCUCCCAAGAAGGAACUCCAGAACGGUGUGAUCCGAGGCUAUCAGAUCGGUUACCGGGAGAACAGCCCCGGCAGCAAUGGGCAGUACAGCAUUGUGGAGAUGAAGGCCACUGGAGACAGCGAGGUGUAUACCCUGGACAAUCUGAAGAAGUUUGCUCAGUAUGGGGUGGUGGUCCAGGCCUUCAACCGGGCAGGGACGGGUCCCUCGUCCAGCGAGAUCAAUGCCACCACGCUAGAGGAUGUACCCAGUCAGCCUCCUGAGAAUGUGCGAGCCCUGUCUAUCACUUCUGACGUAGCUGUCAUUUCCUGGUCAGAGCCACCACGAAGCACCCUCAAUGGCGUCCUAAAGGGCUAUCGGGUCAUCUUUUGGUCUCUCUACAUGGAUGGGGAAUGGGGAGAGAUGCAGAACAUCACCACCACACGGGAGCGGGUGGAGCUCCGGGGCAUGGAGAAGUUCACCAACUAUAGCGUGCAGGUACUGGCCUACACCCAGGCUGGGGAUGGCGUCCGCAGCAGCGUGCUCUACAUCCAGACCAAGGAGGACAUUCCAGGUCCCCCUGCUGGAAUCAAAGCUGUCCCUUCAUCAGCCAGCAGUGUGGUUGUGUCCUGGCUACCUCCCACAAAACCUAAUGGCGUGAUCCGCAAGUACACCAUCUUCUGCUCCAGUCCUGGGUCCGGACAGCCGGCCCCCAGUGAAUAUGAGACAAGUCCGGAGCAGCUGUUCUACCGGAUCGCUCAUUUGAAUCGAGGGCAGCAGUACAUGCUGUGGGUAGCAGCUGUCACCUCUGCUGGCCGGGGCAACAUCAGUGAGAAGGUGACCAUCGAGCCAGCUGGAAAGGCUCCUGCCAAGAUCAUCUCAUUUGGAGGCACUGUGACUACUCCCUGGAUGAAAGAUGUCCGGCUGCCCUGUACCUCAGUGGGAGAACCUGGCCCAGCCAUUAAAUGGACAAAGGACAGUGAGGACUCUGCUAUUGCUGUGACUGUAGAUGGGCAUCGGCUCAUCCAAAACAAUGGGACCCUGGUGCUACGCUCGGUAAAGGCCGAGGACUCUGGUUACUACACCUGUACUGCCACCAACACGUGGGGCUUUGAUACCAUCAUCAUCAACCUGCUGGUACAAGUACCUCCAGAUCAGCCCCGACUGACUGUGUCUAAGACCUCAGCCUCCUCUAUCACUUUGGCCUGGAUCCCAGGGGACAAUGGGGGCAGCUCCAUUCGAGGUUUUGUGCUACAGUACUCUGUGGACAACAGUGAGGAGUGGAAGGAUGUAUUCAUCAGCUCCAGCGAACGCUCCUUCAAACUGGACAGUCUCAAGUGUGGCACCUGGUAUAAGGUGAAGCUGGCCGCCAAGAACAGUGUGGGCGCUGGGCGCAUCAGCGAGAUUAUUGAAGCCAAGACCCACGGGCGGGAACCGUCCUUCAGCAAAGACCAGCACCUCUUCACCCACAUCAACUCCACGCACGCCCGACUCAACCUGCAGGGCUGGAGCAGUGGGGGCUGCCCCAUCACGUCCAUCCUGCUGGAGUACAGGCCCAAGGGCACGUGGGCUUGGCAGGGCCUGCGGGCCAACAGCUCGGGGGAGGUGUUCCUGGCGGAACUUCGAGAAGCCACCUGGUACGAGCUUCGCAUGAGGGCCUGCAAUAGUGCGGGCUGCGGCAAUGAGACCACUCAGUUCGCAACGCUGGACUACGAUGGAAGCACCAUUCCACCCAUCAAGUCAGCCCAGGGAGAGGGGGAUGAUGUGAAGAAGCUUUUUUCCAUCGCCUGCCCCGUCAUCCUGGCCACCCUAGGGGUGGCCCUGCUCAUCAUCAUUCGCAAGAAAAGGAAGGAGAAAAGGUUGAAGCGACUCCGAGAUGCAAAGAGUUUAGCAGAAAUGUUGAUAAGCAAGAGCAAUCGAAGCUUGGACACGCCCGUGAAGGGGCCGCCCCAAGGUCCUCGGCUCCACAUUGACAUCCCCCGGGUCCAGCUGCUGAUUGAGGACAAGGAGGGUAUCAAACAGCUGGGGGACGACAAAGCCACCAUCCCAGUGACAGACACAGAGUUCAGCCAGGCUGUCAAUCCUCAGAGCUUCUGCACAGGGGUCUCCCUGCAUCACCCUGCCCUCAUCCAGAACACAGGGCCCCUCAUUGACAUGUCUGACAUCCGACCUGGCACCAAUCCUGUGUCCAGGAAGAAUGUCAAGUCAGCCCAUAGCACGCGCAAUCGUUACUCCAGCCAAUGGACACUGACCAAGUGCCAGGCCUCCACUCCCGCCCGCACCCUCACCUCUGACUGGCGCACUGUAGGAUCCCAACAUGGCAUCACUGUCACUGAGAGUGACAGCUAUAGUGCCAGCCUCUCCCAGGACACAGACAAAGGGCGGAAUAGCAUGGUGUCCACGGAGAGUGCUUCCUCCACCUAUGAGGAGCUGGCCCGAGCCUAUGAGCACGCCAAACUGGAAGAGCAGCUGCAGCACGCCAAGUUUGAGAUCACCGAGUGCUUCAUCUCCGACAGCUCUUCGGACCAGAUGACCACGGGCACCAACGAAAAUGCUGACAGCAUGACUUCCAUGAGCACCCCCUCCGAGCCAGGCAUCUGCCGCUUCACUGCCUCACCACCCAAGCCUCAAGACAGCGACCGGGGCAAGAACGUGGCUGUGCCCAUCCCACAUCGUGCCAACAAAAGUGAAUACUGCAACCUACCACUGUAUGUCAAGUCGGAUACAUUCUUCCGAAAGGCUGAUGGGCAUGAGCCCUGCCCUGUGGUCCCACCCCGUGAGGCCUCCAUCCGAAACAUGGGCCGGACCUAUCACACCCAGGCCCGACAUCUGACCCUGGACCCUGCCAGCAAGCCCCUGGGCCUCCCCCACCCUGGGCCUCCAGCCUCCACAGCUACCUUACCUCAGAGGACUCUGGCCAUGCCGGGCCCACCCACCGGCGCCGCCCCCCCCACCUCCACAGCUCCCACUGUCGAACCACCCCCUGCAGCCCCCACCACUGCAACUGCUCCCCCAGCCCCCACCACGGAGCCACCUCGGGCUGCAGGGCCCCACACCAAAAUGGGAGGCUCCAGGGACUCACUUCUUGAGAUGAGCGCCUCGUCGGGGGUCGGGAGGUCUCAGAAGCAGGGGGCAGGAGCCUAUUCCAAGUCCUAUACCCUGGUGUAGGGGCCACCAGGAGGAGGAGCUGCACCUCCAAACCAGGACCACCCAGCCCCCUCAUUCACAAACUGUUUUCUUGCAUUAUUUAUAUAAAACUGUCCAAAAAAAAAAAGACCAGGAGCAGCAGCAGUGGAAACAAAAACGCACCCCGAUUCACAAACUCUUGUACAUAGAACUCUUUUGUACAAAUGAAACUAUUUUCUUCUUCUCAUGAAGCCAGGGCACAAAGAAUCUGACUAAACACAGACACACACACUCAGACACACACACUCAGACACACACUCUACAUAUGUAUGUGUGUAUAUGCAUAUAUACACACAUCUACAGGCAAGCUAGAUCUAUAUGUGCGUGUAUAUACAUAUGAAUGUAUGUACACACACAUCUAUUUCUCUCACUUUGUUUUGAGGAAAGAGGCACAAAGACUCAGCGAUUCCCCCCCCCUCCCCGCCCUUCCCGCCCUUCUUCCCUUCUUCCUCUUUCCCCCCAGCCUGAUCUCAGUUGGUUUGGACCAAGACCAAAAUCCCAACUCUUGAAGACAUUGCAUGCGAUUUUACUGUUCCAAGAAAACCAGGAGUUGCUUCACUUUGCAGAUGCUUAUGUGUUAAUACCUUUUUCUAUGAAAAAAAAACCAGCGCCGUGUGCAAUAAAGGUUAUGUUUCUAUGUGGUGUUUGGUGAGUCUGGCCAGGACAGACAAGGAGAGGACAGGCAGGAAUGACUUGCUCUUGGAAAGCACUUUAAACUUCCCCAAGACCUCUCAUCCAACAGGCACCCCCUGGACUGUCUGCCAUGUUCCCUGGGCACCAUGGGAGGAGGGCAUAGAAACAGAGUCAUGGGAUCAACAUUUUUAGGAUUCAGAAGGACCCAAGGGGUCAUCUAGUCCAAUGUUCUUAUUUUGCAUAUUAGGAAAUACAAAAAUAGUUUAAAAGCUGAGGAAAGGAGAUAAGAGAAUUCAGUUCAAUUCAAUAAGAAUUUCUUAAGCCCAUGUUAUAGUUGGGGUGUUAUUCGAGGCACUGGAGAUACUGGGACAAAAUUGAGCUAGGGAAGGAAAUGGCCAACCACUCCAGUACCUUUGCUUAAGAAAACCCCCAAUGGGGUCACUAAAAGUUGGACACAACUGAAAAUGACUAAACAGCAGCAAAGGAUUUCAGAGAAGGAAACCGAGUCCCAGAUAGCAGCAAUGACUUACAAGGUCACACAGUGAGUAAAUAGUGGAUCCGGGACUCAAACCCAGGUCUUUUUGUUUCUAAGCCCAGUGAUAUCUUCUACAUUACCCUACAGAUGUUUCUUUAAUGAAGUGCCUGUCUCUUUCCUCCAAUCUCCCUCUAUGCCAGGGCCCUAAGUUGGCUGUUCCAGAAUGAUGAUGUUACUUCCAACUGUCCUGAGACUGGAACAGCUGUUGUUCAGGUGGUCCUUGUAAUAUUUAGAGACAUUUGAGAGGAGGGAACAGACCAGGGUGAGCCUUUAGCAAUAUGGACUUUAAAGAGGUUGGGCUAGACCAGCAGGGCAGUCAAAUGAUUAGGGACUUUGGAAUGUUUUCUUUGAAAGACCCAGAACAUAAAGUUAGGGACAAUGAGACAACAUGGUCUAGAACAACAAUCAAGCAAUCUGGGUUCUAAUCCCAGUCUUUCAACUAACUAACAGGAAAGUUAUUUCCCCUCUCUGAUCAUAAGCUUCUUUAUAAAAUGACAGGGUUGAAACAGACGAUCUCCAAAAUUCCCUCCAGUUUUAAUAAUAGAUGAGUCUGAGUUUUAUUUAUUUAUGUAUAGU